UACGGCUAAUCACUCUGCCAGGAAAAAGUCGCACAAACCUAAUACAGUCUUGGGCAAAAAAGAAACAUGCCCUCUCCUAUCCCAGUAAACCGCCUCUUGCAUAAGGGGUUUGGAGCCACACUUGAAGUGGGAGCCUGCAGCUCUCCCCUGACGAGGCAUGGGAAGAACAUCUCCCUCCAAGUGCCCCGGCAGAACUUCCCCACCAGAUGUGCGCACAAGCUCUGGUCGUCCGUGGUUAACUGGAAGGAGCUGCGGUACCUGUGCCCCAUCGGAUCCGGCGGCUUUGGCUCCGUGUACAAGGGCCGAUACUUCGGCGAGACAGUGGCGGUGAAGAAGGUGAAGAAGUGCGCCAAAAACAAGCUGGCGUCCCGGCAGAGCUUCUGGUCGGAGCUGAACGCGGCCCAUCUGCGGCACAGAAACAUUGUCCGCAUCAUCGCAGCCACCACCUGCAUUCCGCCAAGUGUGGAAAACGAGGAUAAUAUUGGCACGAUCGUGAUGGAGUAUGCGGGAUGCGUCAGUCUACACCAUCUUAUCUAUUGCAGCACCAGCGAGCUGGAGAUGGAGAGGUGCAUGAAGUAUGCACUGGGCAUAUCGAGCGGCAUGGACUUCCUGCAUUCACAUUACAUCGCCCACCUGGACCUGAAGCCAGCCAAUGUCCUUAUUACCGAAGAAGAUGACUGCAAGAUCGCCGAUUUCGGCUGUUCCCAGAAACUGGAGCCCUGCAACCAUGCAUAUCCCGUAACCUCCCAUAUAGGUGGUACCUACACCCAUCGGGCCCCCGAAAUCCUAAAGGGAUCGGAGGUUACUCUAAAGGCAGACAUCUACUCUUUUGGAAUAACUUUCUGGCAGCUCAUAACCAGAGAUCAGCCGUAUGAAGGGGAGCGCCAGGCUGUGCUAUAUGCAGUAGUUGCCUUUGAUUUGCGACCGAAGUUAACAGGCGAGGUUUUCAUGGAGACCAGCCUGGGUAAAAAGUGCAGGUCCCUCAUCUGUAGGUGCUGGACGGGCGAUCCAGCCCAAAGACCCAGUUCCAAGGAGGUUUUAAGCGAGAUCGAGACCAUGCACAUGUCAACCUUUUAAAGUGCCUUGACCAAGAUCAAGUUGUACUUUUUAAAUGGAAAUAAGCACUGUUGAACUUGCGUUUUAGUGGUGCCUAAAUUUUAACCAACGUGUUUGUACGACGUGUGCUUGCUUUUCAGCCUAAUUUAGAUGUCCUUUAUAUCCCUGGAAAAAAAAAAAAUCAAUUUUUCGGCUAAGUGAAACUCGCAAGCCAGGUCGUAAAAUGUAACACCGUUUUUACACGCUUCAAUCGAACCUUUUGAAAAGAUUUUGUAUGUCUUUUUUUCUAUGUGAUUUUGGUCAUUGGGCGAAAACCUGUUCUUCUCCCCCCAUUGCAUUCGAUUUAUGUGAUAAAUCUCGUAAAAAGACGUCUCCUAUUAAUUAUUUUGUAAAAUGCUUGUUUGCUAUGGUGGUUUUUGUACGUUUAUCAUGGGUGCUUGCUUACGACUCCCUAGAGAAACUUGUGUUGUAUAAAACUUAAUUAAAACACUGUUUUGUUUUAA